AUGGCAACCGCAGACGAGCUCAAGGCUCAAGGCAAUCAGGCCAUUGCCGCAAAGAACUUUGACGAGGCCAUCGACAAGUUCACGCAGGCCAUUGCCCUCCAGCCCGAAAACCAUAUCCUCUACAGUAACCGCUCUGCGGCCUACGCCUCCAAGAAGGAUUGGACGCGUGCCCUCUACGAUGCCGAGAAGACUACAGAGCUUAAGCCCGACUGGGCUAAGGGUUGGGGAAGGAAGGGUGCCGCACUACACGGCAGCGGAGAUCUUCUCGGUGCGGGGGACGCGUACGAGGCUGGUCUUAAGGUCGACCCGAACAAUGCCCAGCUCAAGAGUGGUCUUGAGUCGGUGAAGAGGGCGAUUGAAUCUGAAGGUGGCGACCCUGGUGCUCAACUUGGCAAUAUGUUCAAGGACCCCAACUUGCUGCAGAAGCUUGCUGCCAACCCUAGGACGAGCGCGUACCUCGCCGAUCCUUCGUUUGUGCAAAAGAUCAACGCUUUGCGCGACAACCCCAAAAACGCGCAAGACAUUUUCAACGAUCCUCGAAUGAUUCAAGUCCUUGGUGUCCUGAUGGGAGUGGACAUGAACGUCGUUCCCCCCGGUGAGGAUCCCGAAGCCUAUGUCCAGUCCCGAGAAAGGGACAACGACACUGCGAUGGAGGACGUCCCGCCUGCUCCUAAGCCCGCGGCGAAGCCUGCGCCCGAGCCCGAGCCGGAACCAGAGGAGCUUGAUGAAGAUGCUCUGGAGAAGAAGAAGGCCAAGGAGGCCGCCGACAAUGAGAAGGCCCUCGGAACUGCGAGCUACAAGAAGCGCCAAUUUGACGAUGCUAUUAAGCAUUACAGCAAGGCGUGGGAGCUCCACAAAGAUAUCACCUACCUCAACAACUUGGGUGCUGCCUACUUCGAGAAGGGCGACUACCAAGCCUGUAUCGAUACCUGCAGCAAGGCUGUUGAGGAGGGCCGAAGCAUCUUUGCUGACUUCAAGAUGAUUGCCAAGAGCUACGCUCGUAUCGGUACUGCGUACGAGAAGCUCGGUGACCUCCCUCAUGCCAUUGAGAAUUUCCAAAAGUCGCUUACCGAGCAUCGCACGCCCGACGUCGUCAACAAGCUCAGGUCCGCUGAGCGUAACAAGAUCGAGGCCGCUCGAGUGGCGUACAUCGAUCCCCAGAAGGCCGAGGAGGCCCGCGAGGAGGGCAACAAGAAGUUCAAGGAGACCGACUGGCCCGGCGCCGUAGCCGCCUACAGCGAGAUGAUCAAGCGCGCCCCCGAUGACCCCAGGGGCUACAGCAACCGUGCCGCGGCCUUCCUCAAGCUCUUCGAGCUUCCCAGCGCCCUCGAGGACUGCGAGGCCGCCAUUAAGAAGGACCCUAAGUUCAUCCGCGCCUACAUCCGAAAGGCGCAGGUGUAUCACGGUAUGCGGGAGUACUCCAAGGCCGUCGAUGCCUGCGAGGAGGCGGCAAGGGUGGACCAGGAGAGCCACAAUGGUGCCAAUGCUAGGGAGAUUGAGCAGCAGUUGCAGAAGGCUUAUGGCGCUAUGUACUCUGCGCGCGAGAACGAGACGGAGGAGCAGACGAGGGAGCGUCUUAUGCGCGAUCCGGAGAUCAUGGGCAUCAUGCAAGAUCCCGUCAUGCAAUCCAUCCUGCAACAGGCGCAGUCGGAUCCCGCUGCUUUGGCCGAACACAUGAAGAACCCUGGCGUCAGGUCCAAGAUCCAGAAGCUUGUGGCGGCUGGUGUCAUCCGCGUUGGACGGUAA